CUUCUCACAUGGACAUUCUGCAUGUCAAUUAUCCUAGGCUUGUCUCUGGAUUCAGAGGACAUUGCAAGGCAUGGCUUCUUUCUCCAGGCGUCGAGUUGGGGCUUUCGUUAAAGUGCAUUAUUCGACCCUUCCCCUCUUCAUGCCGAGCUCUUCUGUCUUUAGGGGAUCUAUUCUUCUUGUCACUCUACUUCAAGGUGAUUCAGUAAAGAACUCAAGUAUUUUCUAGCCCAUCUAUCAAAAAUUGAAGCUCAACAUGUUCCGAUCCCUGCUCUUUGGCCUCUUUGUUGCCUCCCUGGCUCAAUGUUCAGUCAUUAAGCGUGACGCGCCUGGCAUUGUUGCCAGCCUAAACGCGAUUUCGAGCCAACUCGCGACCAUGAAUUCCACGUUGAACACUUUCCCUGGUGGCGCUGGCAAUACGUUGGUUGCUUUGCAAGUUCAGGGAGAGGCUCAAACACUCCUUGAUACCAUCAACAACGGCACCAAGGUUGCAAACCAAACGGGUCCAUUGGACGUGAACGAUUCUGCCCUCGUGGUAGAUGCUGUCCUGACACUGCAGCCUAACAUUUACGGCGUGCUGAAUCAUAUCAUUGCUGCAAAACCCGAUUUCGACACGGCCGUUCUUGGUCUCGCUUCCGCUGCCAUUCUGGUCAAAUCGGACCUGACCAAUUUAAAGAACUCGACCGAUCAGCUUUUCUCCGCUACAGUGUCGAAACUGGUCACGGAUAUUCAAAACCUGGCUCCUCUUGUCCAGGCUCUUGUCGACUUGUACUUCGUUGAAGCAAUCAAUACCUACUCUUGAGCAAGAUGUGAGCUAUCAACCAAUACGGAGGGUCUGGCACAUUUCCAAGACUAUUCAAUACUCGCCUUCUUUCUUUCCUUGUUGGUGAGGACCCUGGAACGGAGACUUUUCUUCCUGUACCCCUCUAUUCUGUAUUGCAUACUCCCUCUAUCAAUCGAUAUCUACAAUGAUACUAUAGGAUGAAAAAAUGGAGAAGACAAUGG